UUCACUUCAAUAUAUUCUCCACCUCUAGUCCUGUUCAUCCAAUUACAAUCAGCCUAUCACCACAUGCUCGAAAAGCCAAACCCCAACAGUUCAUAGAAGCUGCUCUUUCAGGAAAUUGUCCUAUGGUAACCCGUGCUUUAGUUCGCUUGUCAUACUUCCUAACCUCCAUGUCAGCACAAUCGGCAGCAUACAAUUCAUUAUUUACAACAGCAACCAAGGGAGGUGCAGCAGAUGUAGCAUGCGUAUCAUUCCUAUCUGCAUUAGCUCGCACAGGAGACAUGUUUGGGAUUUUAGUUUUCUUGUUUUCAGAUCAUACUCCUCCCCGCAAGUCAACCGUCUCAAACCUAGGAUGCAAUAGACAUUUUUGCACGCCCUGGACCGAUUGAGCUAACCUUUGGCAUAUGUUAAAAGUAUUCAAAAGCUUCUUGGAUGAUGCAGAAAAUCUUCAUGGCUCAGAAAUACUUAGUUGAAGCUGUCUCUAACAUGUCUCAGUUUCAAAGCUCAGAGAAGAUCACAAUUAAGGAGAUUUAUCUCAAAUUAAGAGGUGCGUUCCCUAAAGUUCACAGAAGGAAGAUUAUAUGCAAUAAUAUAGGAGCACCAAAAUGGAUUUUCAUCUUGUUUCUGGCUAUCCAUUGUAGGCUGUACACCAAGGACAGGUUGUUGAAAUGGGGAGUGACUGAUAACAGUAUUUGCCCUUUGUGUGAAGUUGAAGAUGAAUCAAUUGACCAUCUGUUUUUCAAGUAUGAACUGUCGAAUGGAGUGUGGUGCAAAUUAUUGAGAUGGCAAGGGACGAAUAGACCAGUUAUGAGGUGGGCUGAUGCAGUGGUAUGGAUGGUGGCGAAUGUUAAUGGGAAAGCUGCAGCUGCAAAAAUGUUCAGGGCUGUUUUAGCUGCUGCGGUAUAUAUACUAUGGCAGGAAAGAAACCAAAGAGUGUUUCAAGGCAAAAAAAGAACGGAAAGAGUACUUACCAGAUUGAUUAUCCAGGAGACUAUUUGUCAAGCAAGCAAAUCUGCACCUCUAGCGGGGAGGCUUGGGGAAUUAAAUUUUUAUCCUCAAUGCUAG